GUCCAAACUACGUCCCCACGAACAACCCAUAUGCCCUCAAUCCCGCCAUCCACCGGGCUUACCAUCACCAAUCCUCUAGUCCUCUACAGGGCGCUGGUGGCAACAAAACGUAUCGAUCCCGACCCAGCCCAACACCGGCUCGCAAUUCAUCUUCAGAAACUCUACUUUCGACUCAAGGACUAUGAACCAGAGAUUGAGUACUGGCGGCGAUUAGAGCAAAUCAGCCAACGAAUUGGCCCUAGGAGCAAUGAUGACCACACCUCAUCUUCAUCAGCCCCUGCGCGACAGCGCACAGGGCUAUUCUCGUCGCUCCUGGCGCACAAGGAGCGGCACGAUACUCUUGCCCUCACGCGAAGCUUGACCAGCCAUGAAGCUGCCAUGCAAUUACAAUCGCCCAGAGGGCUUCUACUCCACGGCGAAGUGGGCACUGGGAAAAGCAUGCUAAUCGACUUGCUUGCCGACUCUUUACCUAGCAAAAAGAAGCGCAGAUGGCAUUUCAAUACAUUCAUGCUAGAGACGAUUGCGCGAUUAGAGGAGCUGCGACAAAUCCGCUCCCUGUCUAGCAUAUCUUCGCACUCAAAUGUCCCUGCAACUGCUCUGGGUGCACAGGAAUAUUCGCUUCUCUGGCUAGCUAGGGAUAUGAUUUCCACCUCGCCGAUCUUGUUUCUAGACGAGUUCCAAAUACCGGAUCGGACUGCGUCGAAAAUCAUGUCGAAUCUCUUAACAUGCUUCUUCCAACUUGGCGGCGUGCUUGUGGCGACGAGUAACCGCAUGCCCGAGGAACUCGCCAAAGCUGCUGGUGUAGAAUUUGCGCCGCCUCCAAUGAUGUCGUCUUCGUUUUUCGGUCGCGGCCGCGGUGCAUUUGGAUGGGGCAGAAGAGCCGGACGCAGCGAGGGCAUGUUUCCCGGAAAGGGAGAAAUGGCGGAGUUCGUUGAACUCUUGAAUGCGCGAUGCGAGAGCUGGAAUAUGGAUGGCGCAAGAGACUGGCGAAGGAAAGAAGCGGAGGAUGAACUGGAGGCGCUGGGGAAUGCAACGGCCUCUGAACGUUUGCAUCCGAAUGCUGUCGAGGCUGUUGCUGCUGCUGCUGGUCAUGGUAGCGGUAGUGGUAACGGUGAAGGCGUUGGCAUAAAAUCCUCAGAAUCUCCUGCAGAAAAGGAAAAGACGAAGAAUUCAAGUGCUGCGGCUGUUUUACCAAAGUAUUAUUUUAUCACCCCGUCAAGCGCCAGCCCCAGCUCCAACAUCAGCAGCGUCUCUUCCUUGGAGUCCUCGACCCCUGACCAACUUCUCGGAGUCGCAAAAUCCCAGACAGGACAAGACGAGGUCCAGUCACAACCAUGGCAGAAUGCUGUUUCUCAUACCCUCGCGUCCACAAAUCCCUCGGAUUCUAUUCCUUCCUGGACGCCAUCUUCGAUCCGCGUGUAUGGCCGCACCGUCCCUGUACCACGCACAUACAAUGGCAUUGCACUAUUUGAUUUUCCGGAGCUAUGCAGCGCUGCUCUCGGUCCAGCAGACUACAUCACUCUGGCAUCGACAUACCAUACAUUUAUCCUGACUGACGUUCCCCUCUUGACCUUGUCCCUAUGCAACGAAGCGCGACGACUGAUUACUUUGCUCGACGCACUGUACGAGGCAAAAUGUAAACUACUCAUCCGCGCAGCAGCCGGGCCAGAUGAUAUUUUCUUCCCAGAAACUAUUCCUGGCACCAAUUCUCACACAACCGCUUCAUCGCCAGAAGAAGCAUCCCACCCAAGAACAGAGGGAGCCGCACAGACGUCCGCACACGAGGCCGUCGAAUCUCUGGACGCCGUACAUCCCGAAACAUUUGCCGAAAUCCAUCAGGACCUCACUGAACCUUUUCGGCCAAACGUCUCCUCGGAUCUUUCUCCGUCCUCCUCUUCCUCCUCUUCUUCCUCACUGUCUUAUUUCUCUUCUCCCUCCUCGGAUUCUUCGACUUCUUCUUCCGCCUCUCGAUUCUCCUUUUCUCUAUUUUCCAAGCCCGAUAACCAUAGUCAUCUUACAAUACCCCCUCGGCACCUACGGCGAUCUGUUCUCGCAGACGAAGAUGCAGAUUUCGGUCCUAUAGAUCGCGUAGUCGUCGGCCAGAACAAUGCCGGCGUCCCUCACCAUCUGGCGGUCGGCGACAGGACGAACGGAUCGUCAUCAGCGGCAGCGGCAGCAGCACCAAACUUUGCUCUAACGGGCCAAUUCACCGGCGAAGACGAACGCUUCGCAUAUAAGCGCGCCCAGAGCAGAUUAUGGGAAAUGUGCAGCUCCAGGUGGUGGAGCCGUGGGGGACAUCAUCAUCACUUGGAUGGCCAAGCUGAUGGUGGUAAUUGGUGGACACCCGUGCACAAGGAGGUCAGAUCACGAUGGGAAGGGACUGCGUCGAUGACGAGUCCGACGGUUCUGACGGAUGAUCCGACGACGCAUGAUGCUGUGACCGCAGAAGAAGAUGUCAAGCCUGUUUCUUCCCCGAGCAGGAUCGAGUCAGAAGCAGAACCCGAAGCAGAAACCCAAUCAAGUCCCUUCCGCACACAUCCUGAACCCCCGCCGCGCUUCUCAUGGACACAUGCAUGGGGAAUGAUCAAGUGGGGUCCCAAGGCAGGCACCUGGGGACAAGGCGUCGAGGGCGUCAAAGCCAGGAGACAGGAGAAAAUGGACGAGGAGCAUGGAAGACAUGAACGGGAAGGAGUACAAGGCUCAACAAGACGAUGAGAUUAUUGUAGAAGAAGAGAAGUUCUGCAGUAUAGGUCUUGAGAAAGAAGUGUGAUAGUAUAUACAUAUAUAUAUAAGAUAUCCCAAUUGACUUACUAGAUAUGGAAUGUUAAAAACGCUG